GAGGCCGAGGAGGAAGCGGAACCCGCAUCCAGGACCCCGCUUCGUCUCCCUCCGCCGCGGUCCGGGCCUAAGCGGGAGCUGCGGGGCCGGCGGUAGCGGGCGGUCGGGGACGGCACGGAGGCGGGGGGAGACGGCGGCGAGGCCCGGGGCUUGCUGGCCGCGGCCCGCGGAGGAAGAGGAGCCCGCGGGCGGGGCGGCCCAGUUCCUGGAGGGCUCCGCCUGGGCGCGGGCGGCAGAGGAGCGGGAGAGCAGGAUGGCGGCGUCGGCCCUAUACGCCUGCACCAAGUGCACGCAGCGCUACCCGUUCGAGGAGCUCUCGCAGGGCCAGCAGCUCUGCAAGGUCGGUGGGCGCCGGGCGCUGCACGCCCUCCGCCUCCUCCACCCCGGGGCCGCAGUGUUCCCAGGGCCGGGGCAUCAGGAAUGUCGGAUCGCACAUCCUAUUGUAAAGUGUACUUACUGCAGAUCAGAAUUUCAACAAGAAAGCAAAACUAACACAAUUUGUAAGAAGUGUGCUCAAAAUGUCAAGCAGUUUGGAACACCCAAGCCUUGUCAGUACUGUAACAUAAUUGCAGCUUUUAUCGGUACCAAGUGUCAGCGUUGUACAAAUUCAGAAAAAAAGUAUGGACCACCUCAGGCCUGUGAGCAGUGCAAGCAGCAGUGCGCUUUUGAUCGGAAGGAGGAAGGAAGAAGGAAAGUUGAUGGAAAGUUAUUGUGCUGGCUCUGUACUUUAUCAUACAAGAGAGUUUUACAGAAGACAAAAGAACAAAGGAAAAGUUUGGGAUCUUCACAUUCGAAUUCUUCAUCUUCAUCUCUUACUGAGAAAGACCAGCAUCAUUCAAAACACCAUCACCACCACCACCACCACCACCACCACCACCGUCACAGCAGUGGCCAUCACAAAAUCAGCAAUCUAAGUCCUGAGCAAGAGCAGGGACUGUGGAAACAGAGCCAUAAAUCCUCUGCAGCAAUUCAGAAUGAAACUCCAAAGAAAAAGCCCAAAUUGGAAUCUAAGCCAUCUAAUGGAGAUAGUAGCUCUAUAAAUCAGUCAGCAGAUAGUGGGGGAACAGACAAUUUUGUCCUUAUAAGCCAACUGAAAGAAGAAGUGAUGUCACUUAAGCGUCUCUUACAGCAAAGAGACCAGACCAUUUUAGAAAAAGAUAAAAAGUUAACUGAGCUGAAGGCAGACUUCCAAUACCAAGAGUCAAAUUUGAGAGCAAAGAUGAACAGUAUGGAGAAAGCUCACAAAGAAACCGUGGAACAACUUCAGGCCAAAAACAGAGAACUACUCAAACAGGUUGCAGCGUUGUCAAAGGGUAAAAAGUUUGACAAAAGUGGAAGCGUACUAACCUCUCCUUGAAAGUAAUUGGUCAGUGUUUCUGUUACAGUGUAAAUCUGGAGGGCAAUUCUGUGAAGCCCUUAAAUUCUGUGUAGUGGAAAAUAUUUUUACACACCGACAGAAUCGGUGUGUUUCCUAUUCACUUUUGUAACUGAUACACAGCAUUUUUUAAGUUGUGAAACAUGCAGAUAAAACUUCAACUGGUUUGGAGUAACUUUUUAAUUAUUUGAUAUCCAGAAACUUUUUUGCUACAAUAGUAUUAAGUGGCUGUAAGGGAGCGUGAAGCAUGCGCUGUCCGGAGCGUAGCAGGCAAUAAUAGAGGUGGUUUUCAGUCAGAGCAGCAGGGCUUGUGUUGUUUUGUCUUUCGUUCAACACUAUGCUAAUUUCAGAUAAAUAGUUUUCAAUUUAGAAAUAUAAAACUUUUAAGCAAGAAAACGGCGAACACUGGUUUUCUGGGAUUGUAUUUUUACUUCACAUCAACAUGAAUUUAGGAGAGAGUCAUGGUGCUUUUAUUAAAAGAACUUCAGAGUAUAUGUAAAUAUGUUUUUAAAAGUUACAUCACUAACAUUAGUAAAAUAACAUUUUCAUUAUUAUAGGAAUUCAUGUUUAGUGUACAGUAUCAAGGUAAAAUGUUUGUGUUUUGUAAAAACUGUAGAUUUUUACUUACAAGUGCCUUUUUGCCGCCUAAUGUUUUUAUUUAUAGGAAUGCUGAUCUUUUGUACAUAUGAUUUGUUUAAAAAUCAUGUUAAUAGAUGUUUGUAUAUAAGUGCAUAUGUACAGACCUAUUUCAAUAAGAAAUCAAAAUUGUUACACAUGAGGUUGCAUAUAAGAGCUGACUGGUAAUGCAUAUAGACUCAAAAUAAUUUUGUGGUUUGUGUCUAUGUAAUAAGGGGAGCUAUUGAUCAUUGAAUUCAUUUUAAUUAUGUUCAAGUACUUUCCUAAAGAGUUAAUUUUAACUCAGUUUUGAUAGAGUAAUUUUAUUUUUUAUGUUAUGUGGCUUCAUGUUUAUAUUUUGUGAGUUACGUGCUUUGCUUUAUUUUUUAUAUAAAUUUUCUUUAAAAUGUAUAAUGUUUCUGUGAGGGCCGUGUAUCUGCUUUCCUUACACUGUGUGACUAAGUUAAUAUUUAUGUACACCAUACUUUGUAAAUUUAAUACAAAUCUGAAAAAUUAAAUAACUUUAUAAUCAAAUUUGUGCUUAUGUCUGAAUAAAUUGGAAUCUGUAAGAUUCAGGCACUAUUUAUAUGUAAUUUGUCUCAAAAUAUAAAAUUGUCUUUAUAAAAGUUUUAUAUAGUGUGGGAUAGACUAUAUGAAGUUAUGGAUUAUAUUCUGAACUGGUUUUCAGCCAGUAAUCAAAACUGAUCUCUGUUCACUAUCAGUUCAGACCUUUAGUUUAAUUUUGAAAUCUCAGGCAUUGUUAGAAACACUGUAUAUAUAGAAUUCUUUCCCUUAGGAAUAUAUGGGCAGAUAAAUGUUACAAGUAAAUUGUUAAAUUCAUCAGUUUCGAAGGUUUUGAUUUUAGACAGAUGAUUUGAUCUUCACAUCAAAGAUUAGCAUUCUCAAGAGCACUUGAUAAUUGUAAUAAUUCUGAAUAUUAUUCGUGUCUUAUUAGACUUCUUAUAAUUGUUUAUUACAAAUGAUAAAGAAUCUGCCCAAUUUGGAAACAUGUAGUUUAGGGUAAUUUUCAGUAGUAAGAUUAAAUCAGUUGGAUUUGGAAAAAAUAGUUUAUUUUUUAUGAUAGCCUCAUACAGAUAAUCUUAAAUUCACUUCUCUCAUUCCGUGGCAGAUAGCGCCUUAAUGUGGAUUUUAAUGUUUGCAAGAUUUUUAAUUCGUUCCCUUUCUUUAAAAUUUAUAAUGUUUUAUAUUACAGUUUCUUAGCCAUUUUUCAAUCGAUGGUGGUCAUAAUUGUUCUAAAUAAACCAUAGUAGUUCUUAGACCUGCUGGAGAUGAUACAAAGGAAAUUUGGCCCUCCCCUUUUAUGACAUGACAACUGUGAAUCAGUUUAAAACAACUAAGCUUUGUAAAGUGGAAAGCUGAAUCCAUGUGGAGCUUUGCAGUGUUCAGCCCUAGUUAGAUGCCCUCUCUUUAGUCCAGGACCUCGUUUUAUAACCUAAGUUUUUACAGCUGUAUAGAAGUAACUGAAUCCUAGUCCGGGAUCUGUAGUGCAUCGACAUGAGAGAACCCCUUAGAUGUGGCCUGUUGGGAGAUGACGGUGUGCUGUGUUGUGCUUCAGCCUGCUCGCUGCAGUUAGCGUUGACCAGUGACGGUCAUCUGGGCUCUGAUUUACUAGAUAUUAAUAGCCUGUGAAUAUUGCAGUCCUUUUUAGAUUGUAUUGGUCUAAAUAUGCAUUCUGCAGUGAACCUGUUACGCUGUUCACGUGUAUAGAUUAUCCGAAUACUGUACCUGUACACAUCUGACUGUUGACUUUUUGUACUUUUUUCUAAGUCCGCUAUUUCACAAUAAAAA